CUUCCAUUUCACUUCAGUCUGUUUCAAAUUCUGUGCAUGGAAACCAACAAUUCCGGCCGAUCAUCGUCGCUUCGUUACUUCCGGUGUGGCUGUCUUAGAACCUGUUGUUGCUUCUCUGGUUGAAGAGGGGUUAUCAAUUUUGCAAUUUUCAGUUUUUCGAUUACUCAUAUUGAUAAGGGAAUUGAGAGUUUUGGUUGAUGGAUUUCUCCGGAGCUCAGCCGAGUUUGUUUCUGGGGCUGAACUCGCACCAGAGUUCGAUUCCGACGAGCUGUAAUCCAACUGUCCCGCUACAGCUGCUCAAGGAGGAGAAGAUUAGGGUUGAGGAUGGAGACGAUCGCGACGAGGAGGAGGAGGAGAGUGAGAGCUUCAAUCUUUUAGGGCACUCAAUUUGCCCCAAAAGGCCGAGGGACUUGUCGUCGUCGCCGUUCAAUCAGCCGCCGCCGCCGCCGCCUUCCAAGUGCCUGGCGGUUGAAUCGGAGGGGCUGGAGGCGCGGCGGGCCGCGGUUCGGGCUUGGGGGAACCAGCCGCUCGCGGUGGCCGACCCGGAGAUACAUGAAAUGAUGGAGAAGGAGAGGCGCAGGCAGUUCCAGGGCAUCGAAUUGAUUGCGUCGGAGAAUUUCGUGUGUAGGGCUGUGAUGGAAGCUCUGGGCAGCCACUUGACGAAUAAGUAUUCCGAGGGCUUCCCCGGAGGGAGGUACUACACUGGUAAUCAGCAUAUCGAUCAGAUUGAAUUGCUGUGUUGCGAAAGAGCAUUGGCUGCUUUCAGUCUUGAUCCUGAGAAAUGGGGUGUCAAUGUGCAGCCUUACUCGUGUACUUCGGCUAAUUUCGCCGUCUACACUGGUCUGUUGCUGCCAAAUGAACGGAUUAUGGGUUUGGAUUCGCCGUCAGGAGGGCACAUGAGUCAUGGUUAUUAUACUCCUAGUGGGAAGAAGGUGUCUGCUGCUUCGAUAUUCUUUGAUAGUCUGCCUUAUAAGGUGAACCCUCGAACGGGGCUCAUUGAUUAUGAUAAGCUUGAGGAGAAGGCGCUUGAUUAUCGCCCCAAGAUACUUAUCUGUGGUGGGAGUUCGUAUCCUCGGGAGUGGGAUUAUGCCAGGUUUAGGCAGAUUGCUGAUAAAUGUGGAGCUGUCUUGAUGUGUGAUAUGGCUCAUAUCAGUGGUCUUAUAGCAGCAAAGGAGUGUGUGAGUCUUUUUCAGUAUUGUGAUAUUGUUACGUCAACAACACACAAGAGCCUCCGAGGUCCUAGGGGAGGUAUCAUAUUUUACCGGAAAGGUCCAAAACCAAGGAAGCCAGGGAUGCAUCAAUCUAAUGGGGAUGGAAGUAGCCUGUAUGAUUUUGAGGAAAAGAUAAAUUUCGCUGUUUUCCCAUCACUACAGGGUGGGCCUCACAAUAACCAUAUUGCUGCUCUUGCCAUAGCCUUAAAACAAGUGGCUACUCCAGAAUAUAAGGCAUACAUGAAACAGGUCAAGAAAAAUGCAGAGUCUUUGGCAAAUUCUUUGUUAAGAAGAAAAUGCAGAUUGGUUACUGGGGGUACCGAUAAUCACUUGUUGCUUUGGGACCUGACAGCUCUUGGUAUAACAGGGAAAAACUACGAAAAAGUUUGUGAGAUCUGCCAUAUCACUCUCAAUAAAAGUGCCAUAUUUGGUGAUAACGGUGCUUUCUCUCCUGGGGGAGUUAGAAUUGGUACCCCUGCUAUGACUACACGAGGUUGUGUUGAGUCUGAUUUCGAGACAAUUGCUGACUUUCUUCUAAGGGCUGCCCAGAUUACUGUCGCUGUUCAGAGAGAACAUGGAAAAUAUCAGAAAGAAUUUCUUAAAGGUCUCCAGAACAAUAAAGACAUUGUUGAACUUCGAAACCGAGUUGAAACAUUUGCAUCCCAGUUUGAAAUGCCAGGAUAUGAUACAUGCUAAACAUGUCACAUCUCUAAUGCAUCACUCAUUUUUUGGUUUCAUUUGUUCUGUGGUCCAAUUCAUAUUAUCUCUUUGUAAAUUACAGAAACACUGAAAUUCUCACCAGUUUCCACAAGGUAGUAGUAGUCUUUGCCAGAUGAUGAUUUUCUUGUGUAAAUUAUAGAAAGCUAAAUCUCUCUAUUCUAUUUAUUUUGGGGUAUCUGGAUUCUAGAUAAAGCAAGUCAUUAUGAGAUCUGUCUAAUGUGUCAGUUUGGUUGUCAAAAUCUACUUUGGUCCUUUUUUAUCUGGUUGGCAUUGCUGAGCUCUGUAGUUAUUGCACAGCAAGCAGU